AUGCCACGCCAACGAAAGAAGCAACAACCUCAAACUACUGGGGAAUACACUUGGCUAAGGAAAUUUGUGACGACAUCACCGUUGUGUGAAAUCAUCUAUCAACGUCUGGGUUUAACUCCCGACGAGUUAGAAGCGAGCGUUGAGUCCUUAGUCGAUAUGACAUCCGACGAAAUCCAAUUGCAAACGUCUUUGUUUGAAGUCUAUGGAGAUGACGCAUUUGAGUUUAUAGCAGAGAUUUGCCAGAACUACCCAUUAAUCAUUAAUCGACAAGUCGUUGAGAGACCAAAGCAGAAAAGGCAGAAGACACCUAACCCGGAGUCGAAGCCAUAUGUCGGCAGACCUCAAGAGCUUAUGCAAAGGCCUUCGAUCCCACAAAACGCAAUUGAAAGAAACUUGCCGGACCGAUACGAAAUGUACAUACCCGCUGUUCCUUCGGCGAAGUCAUUGAUGACAGAGAGACUGGAAGUUAAAGACAUCUUGGACGACUUAACACGCCCGGCUAUGUUAAAGUACACUCAUUUGAAUUACGUGCAAAGUAAAGUGUAUAAUUGUGCAUAUAACUCGGGAGAUAACAUGUUGGUGUGUGCGCCGACGGGGUGCGGGAAGACGUUGACGGCACUUCUUUGUAUGUUACGUGAAGUCAAAAUGCGGAUCCACGACUUGAGUCACUUGAAGAUCAUCUACAUCUCCCCACUGAAAGCACUUGCGACUGAAAUGACGAACACUUUCAGAAAGCACUUGGCGUGUUUCAAGAUGAAAGUCGAAGAAGUCACUGGAGACACGAACAUCCCAAAGGUACAACUUAUGGCGACAAACGUGAUUGUAGCAACACCAGAGAAGUUCGACGUUUUAACUCGAAAGCAAGACGCUGAGUUUGUGAAUGACAUUCAACUGUUAAUAGUCGAUGAAGUACAUUUGUUGGAUGAAGACCGAGGUGCUGUUAUAGAGACUAUUGUAGCUCGAACACUUCGAAUGGUAGAGAGUCAACAACGACCUAUUCGUGUUGUAGGACUGUCGGCGACACUUCCCAAUUACUUGGAUGUUGGGGAGUUCAUUCGCGCAAAGAAGGAAAACAUCUUUUACUUUGAUAUGAGUUACAGAGCGGUGCCGAUGUCGACUAAGUUCAUUGUGCUGCCUGAAAAUGAGAAGGACGACAGAGGAAACCGAUUCAUUUCACACGCAACAGACGUCGCGUUUGACGAAGCGGAGAUUGUAGUUAAAAGAGGGAAACAAGUCAUUGUGUUUGUCCACACACGAAGAGAGACGUAUUUAACAGCGCAACGAUUUAUUAAAAAGAUACGAGAGAAAGCUGACCAAGAGUAUUUCAGUGGGUUAAAAGACCGCGAGUUUGCAACGCGGAUCAAGAAGUUACAAGGGCGCGACUUGAAAGAACUUCUUGAGAUGGGAAUUGGCGUGCACAAUGCGGGGAUGUUCCGGUCGGACCGUACCUUUGUUGAAGACGCGUUCAGAAAUGGGACAUUAAAAGUGUUAGUCUCAACAGCGACGUUAGCGUGGGGAGUCAACUUACCAGCACACACCGUCAUCAUUAAAGGCACUGAAGUGUUUAAUAGUGACAAAGGGUGUUCUGACAAAAUAUCGAUCUUGGACGUAUUACAGAUGUUUGGAAGAGCUGGACGGCCUCAAUUUGAUACGGAAGGUGCGGGGAUUAUAAUUACAGACAAAGAAGGACAACAGAAGUAUUUAGCGAUAUUAGGAAACAUGGGGAAGAUCAAGUCGACACUGAUGAAUGGCCUUUCGGACCAUUUGAAUGCGGAGAUAGUGUCUGGUACUGUAGCCAAUAUGGAGGAAGCGUUACAGUGGUUCCAAUACACAUACUUAUAUGUGUGUUUGAAACGAAGUGAAGGUGGUGUUGGGUAUGAUGACUUGAAUUCAUUGAUUGGAGGAACUGUGAGGAAUUUGGAGAACUUACAAAUGACGUUAGUGAAUGAUGAGACGGGGAUGUUCUCACCGACUUUAUUGGGACGAAUUGCAUCACACUAUUAUGUUACUGUUGAGUCGAUGUUCACAUUCUCGGAGAAGCUGCAUGAAGGAAUGUCGAUGGGAAGUCUUCUUGAUUUGGUGUGUUCGUCGAAUGAAUUAAAACAACUCCAAAAGAUGCGAGAGGAAGAGAAGAAAGAAAUGGAAGAGAUAUCACGACGAGUCAAAUGGGCAAUUAAAGGCGAUGAUUUAGCUGCUAACAAAGCAAACAUUUUAAUACAAGCAAGUCUUUCUCAUACAGUACUUGAGAAUUUCACAUUGAUAUCAGAGACUUUAUAUGCGAACCAAAAUGCGUCAAGAGUCACUCGUGCACUCUUUGAGCUUGCGUGCAUUAGAUCCUUAUCAAGCGAAGCUAUCAACUUAUUGGAACUUACAAAGAUGAUCGACCAACAAAAUUGGAAUACCGUUCACCCCCUCUUCCAAUUUAAGUCGUUGCCCGUACAAGUGGUUUUAAGACUUCAAACAAAGCACAUUGAUGUGGAGACUAUAUGUGAAAUGGACAAGAAUGAGUUCAUGGACACUCCUCAAUAUGCGACACAAAUCAAACAAUGUGCCUCUGAAUUUCCUUAUUUGGCGUUGGACACUUCAAUCAUCCCAUUGACCUCUACUAUCCUCCAAAUUAAAGUUCAUGUGCACCCAACAUUCAGAUGGGGAAGAGAUUUGGGCACUAUUGAGAAUUUUUGGUUGUUCAUUAGCGACAGUAAAUACUCCCAACUCUUCUACUUCGACUCGUUCAUGUUGAACCAAAAGGCUAUUGACGACUAUAACGCAACAGGAACACCACUGGAAAUCAUAGCGUCGGUUCCUGUCAUCCACAACGAUCAAUACGUCGUCGACGUGGUCUCGGACAAAUACUUUGGGUGCACCAGUACUUCGCCAGUCAUCUUCGACGAGUCCACACUGCCCGACGAUGAGUCCUUCAUGACAAAACUCCUCCGACUCAAUCCAUUGCCUACAAAAGCAACUCGGCAAUAUGAGGACUUCUUUGGCUUCAAAUUCUUUAACCCUCCACAAACGCAAUUCUUCUUUAAAUGUUUCCACACUGAUAGUAACAUCAUCGUCGGCGCACCGACGGGAUCUGGAAAGACUGUAGCUGCCGAGUUAUGUAUGUUAAAGGUCUUCCGCGACACUCCAUCGAAGAAAGUAGUCUAUGUAGCUCCCAUGAAAGCCUUAGUGAAAGAGAAAUUGAAGGAUUGGCGGGGUAAGUUGAAACAGAUGAAGAAGGAAAUCGUCGAGUUAACAGGAGACUUUACACCGGACAGUUCAGCUAUAUUGAAAGCGGAUGUCAUUCUAACAACCCCUGAGAAAUGGGAUGGGGUGACUCGAUUGUGGAUGAAGAAGUCAUACAUCCAGAAAGUAGGGUUAGUCAUUAUUGAUGAAAUUCAUUUACUUGGGGAAGACAGAGGACCUGUGAUCGAAGCAAUUGUUACUCGUACAAAGCAAAUUACAGAGAGGUUGAACGUCCCAAUACGAAUAUGUGCACUCACAACAGCUAUUGCGAAUGUCGACGAUAUGAUGGCAUGGAUUGGAGUUGAAAGAACGUCAGUCUUUAAUUUCCAUUCAUCCCUCCGGCCUGUCCCGUUAAUAGCACACAUC